CGUCUUCUAUUCUAUCCCCCAAUCCCCAUCUCCAUUACUCGCUAUUCCCACACUUGCAUUUUUUUCUUCCCCUUCUCCCCCCAUUUUCUUUACUUUUUUGUUUUCCUUCUGGGGAAAAAAAAAGAGAGAGAGACAAAGGCAGCGGCAGCAAAUGGCAGAUUGGGGUCCGGUCUUAGUAGCGACAGUGCUGUUCGUAUUGCUUUGUCCUGGACUGUUGUUUCAAAUACCUGGUAGGAACAAGAUUGUUGAGUUUGGGAACAUGCAUACCAGUGGAGCUUCCAUUGUUGUCCACGCUAUUAUCUACUUUGGUCUCAUUACUAUCUUUUGUAUUGCCAUUGGAGUUCAUAUCUAUGCUUCUCAGUGAUCUUUGUUUCUCUCUUUAAUGGCUUCUUUCCUUUUAUGUUGUGUUUUUUUUCUUUUGCUUCAGCUGUAGUACUGUUUGGGAUUUUUUGCUCUUUUGUUCUAUCUGUAAGAUGAAAUGAAACCAUGUAAUUGACAAGGUCCGAAUCGAAUCAAAACUGCAAAUUUUCAUUUA